UGAUGAUAAAUCAAAAUCCAAUGAAACUAAAGAAACCCUGGAGAUUAAAUUAGAACCUCAAAUAACCAAAGAAACUCGGGUGAUUGAACCUCAAAUUGCUGAGGAAACUCGGGAGAUAAAUUUAGAACCCCAGAUAGUUAGAGAGGGGAUUAAAUCGGAAACUCAAAUAACUAAGGAUACUCAGGAGAUCAUAUCAGUUUCUCAGAUAAUUAAGGGAUCUCAAGAGGUUAAACUCGAAUCACAAAUGACCAAAUCUUCAAUGACCGAGGUUAAUGAAAAGGUUGAGGAAGCAUCCAUUGAUUCCAAAAUCAUUUCGAAUCAACAUAUUGAAUUAAUUACAAAAUGGAUCGAUCAUGUGGACACUGCAAAUAUCUAUGUCUCGCUGGUUACGGCCAUUUUCUAUGGAUCGAAACCUACUAAAUCAUUUGAAGUCGAAUUAUUACAUCGUGGAUCUCGUGAUGGAUUCACGCCUAAAGUCUUCCAUGAAAUUUGUGAUAAUCACGCGUGUACAGUAUUAGUUAUUAAAGUGAAAGAUAGUGAUGAGAUUCUUGGAGGAUAUAAUCCGGUUGAAUGGAAUUUUGAUCACAGUUUUUGCGUUACAGAUGAAAAGUUUGGAGCCAAUGAAGAUAGUUUUAUAUUCUCUUUUAAGGACAAUAUGGAUAUUGACAAUCAUAUUUUAAGUCGUGUAGUGAAUAAAGAAUACGUUUUAAACGAUAUAACUUGUGGUCCUUCCUUUAGUUCAGACCUUAUUACGUAUGGAGGAGUUAGAGGUUACUGUAAAAAGAAUUCUUAUGAAAAAAUAAUUAGAGAUACCGAAGAUUUCUUUUUUAUAGAAGAUUAUGAAGUAUUUCAAAUCACACCAAUAUGA